AUGGACCACAAUAACAAGAAUAACAGUGACGACAAGAAUAACAGUGACGACAAGAAUAACAGUGACGACAAGAAUAAUAGUGACAACAAGAACAAGGGCGACAACAAGAAUAACCGUGACGACGGUAACGCACGUAAGAGACAUCGCCUUGAUCCCACAACGCCGCCGCCGACGCCUUCUUCAAAGCUGUCCAAAAGCGCUUCGUACAGGGAACAGCGCCGGUGGCUGGAUGUCAACACGGACGGAUUUGAAAUGCGCGCGCUCGACUACUUUGAGGACAUGCCCCCGGACCUGGUAGCGCUGAUCCGGGACGUCAACGCGCUGAUCGACGGCUGGGGCAUCGUGGCAAAGUCUAUGCAGGCGGCGCUGAGUGAGGUCGUCAAGCCAGACGCACGCUUCCUGUGGGCGCUGGACGACGACCGAUUCGCCGACGACCCGGCCCCGGCCAGGGCAGCCAGGUGCACACCCACGCCGGAUGAGGUCCGCCAGGUGGCCGAAGCGGCCAUUGAAUGCGAGAUUUACGGGCAUCCCGGGGCGAGCUGGAAUAUGGAAGUUCAGAUCAGCAUUUGGCGUCUGGCGUUUCGGCCAGGGGGUACACGGCGAUUUACGCACUUGCACAACCGCGACCAUUAUGCCUCACUAUGGUAUCCCGACCGUAUCGAAGAAGGUGGACUUUUGCGUCUACAUCAACCCAAAAACGACCCGCGGCUGUCACCUGAAUUCCGGGCCGGCGUCGCCGCCGCGCGGGCAGCGCUGCCCAAGACUAUUGUCGGCUUCACCGACUUUCAGCCGUUGUACAACCGCUUCGUCGCCUUCAGUAUCGAGUCUAAGAAACCGAGCGAGGAUAUCGAAGAGGCACAGCUGCGACUGGGUAUGUGGGACAUGGCGCACUGGACGCUUCUGCGCCAGCUAGAAGCGUUGCCGGGCCUGGACCGGAUUACCACAGACUCGGCAACGAGAGGUGAUGAUGCUGUUUUGGGGGACGGCACAGCAACAUCCAUUCAUGCACAACAGUCUAUCGCUACGAAGCUGCCUGCCUUCCUGCCGGGCAUCUUCAUCAACGGUUAUUCUUGGUACCUCGUCUUCACGACUAUGGAAGGUGACCAGACGUGCUGUGGCGCAAGAUUACGAUUGGCUCCACGGAGAACACAAAGGGCGUGUACCAGAUAG